UGCUGAGGCAAAUACAUGCACGGCCGGGUCGGACUGACGUAUCCCAGGCUCCUUCGAAACCCUAUCCCGACCUUCCGACCCUGCGCUGCCGUGCCAGCAUUCCCUGGGUUGCUGUGCCCCGAGCGUCUCCAGAAACCGCCUUCUACGGCGUUUGUUCCGCGGUUCUGGGCUUUCUGGCCCAAGGUGUCAGUGAAUCGGAAACGUGUUAUCUGCGGUGGUAAGGCGUCCUUGUCUGUAAUAUCGGUUAUCUGCGUGCCAGCGGUGAUUGAUGGCUCCAAGACUCGGUCGCCCGCGAAGUACAAGGUCCGUCGAGGCACAGAGAGAAUCAUGCAGUCAGCGUGUAUGUCACAGUUUGACUGUGUACUGAAGGUGGGGCCCGACUUCUGCUAUAAAGGGCUCGGCCCCGCUGCAGACCCUCCAACCUGCCCGCCCCGCGACGAUGUCGAUCACUCUGAACAGGUUCCCUGUCCUGCCGACCCACCUCUACCCAGAGGACAUGCUUGCGCGGCCCUCCGCUAGCGUGGCUGGGUUCAUCUCCGGCUUCCGACAUUCGGUCUUGGAGUCUCCGACAGUUAUCGCCUGCAUCGCGGUGAACCUCAUGAUGUUGUACUAUAUAUUUGCUUUCUUCAUGAAGAAGAACUCUAUUCCCGCGGUCGGGUACCCGUCGUGGCUGGGGCCAUGGGCAGGUGCUAUACGUUUCUUCUACGACUCGAAGCGUAUCAUCAACGAGGGCUAUCGGAAGUACAAGGGCCGUACUUUCCGGGUCCCGCUUUGGAACGAGUGGACUUACAUCGUCACGGACCAGAAAUGCAUCGACGAGAUGUAUCAUCUGCCGGAUGAUGUUCUAUCGCUUCGCCAUGCUGCUGGGGAGGAAUUACAACUCCCGUAUACCAUGGGCCAGCAGAUCGAAGACAACCCGUACCAUCUCCCCGUCCUGAGAGGCAGACUCACACGCCAUAUCGAGUACUUGGUGAAGGAGUGUCUCGACGAACUCCCUCUGGCCAUCGAAGAUGACAUCGGCAAGCUGUGCGGCGAUCAAUGGACGGAGAUGAACGCCUUCGACGUCCUGACAGGCGUUAUCGCCAGGACCUUCAACCGUAUCUUAGUCGGCGCGCCAACAUGCCGAAGCGCACACUACACUGAAACAUGCAAAUCGUUCGCUAUGAAGACAUCCAUCGUCGGCUUUAUCAUUAACCUAUUCCCUUUUUUCCUUCAACCUAUCGUCGGCAGAAUGAUUACUCAAUUGCCAUCCCAAAUCAAGCGGUCGUUACACAUCCUCGCGCCGAUCAUUGCUGAAAGACAGGCUGCCAUGGCCGAAUACGGGAAACAUUGGUUGGAAAAGCCGACGGACCUCCUCAUGUGGCUCAUGGAAUCGGCAGACACUGUCGAGUCGCAGCCUGAACGCCUCGCCAUCCGUAUCCUCGUCAUCAACAUUGCUACGAUUCACACCACAGCGGCGUCGUUCGUCCAUGCCAUCAACAACCUGUUGGAAUACCCGGAGUUUAUCGUGCCUCUGAGAGAGGAAGCUGAGGCUGCGAUCGGCAAGCACGGCUUCACCAAGAACGCGAUGAAUGCCAUGCCAUUCUCCGACAGCUUCUUCAAGGAAUCAUCUCGCAUGAACGCGCUUGGGACUAGUGGCGAGUUCCCUCGAAAGGCUAUGAAGGACAUCACAUUCUCUGAUGGAACCACCGUCCCCGCCGGAUCCUACAUCUCGUCGCCGUUCUGCGUGCACUACGACGAGGAGUUCUAUCCUGACCCGUUGAAGUUCGAACCGGCGCGACACAUGCAGGAGACUCUGUCGAGUGGCGUGGCGAACAACAGCAGCGGGAUGUUCCGCACGAAUCCCCACUACCUCAUCUUCGGCCACGGGAAAUUCCUCGCCACCUACAUCCUGAAGGCGACGAUGGCUUAUCUCCUGCUUAACUACGACAUCAAGCCGAGUUCUCAGGGAAGGGCCUCCGAUAUUCUCUUCCAGUACAACAACGGCCCGAACAUUCGCUCAUCCUUCAUGAUCCGUCGGCGGAAGAUGGCAUAGAUGUAUAGUAUACAGUACUUAGCUCUCGUUCUCUGCUUUCCUGUUAUCACUCCUCGCAUUGCGUACGUAAUAUCUAGAGCCCCCUCGUUGUACCAUCGCUCAACUCGCUUCCACUAUCGCGGACUCGCGGCCACUAGUACUGUCUUUACUCGACGCUUCCGCUGCCACGCACAACGAGCGUGUAGCGGUUGCUCUCGUCUUUCUGUCACUGGGUAGCAUACUUUACGGACAAUUCAACGGGAUUUUGUUGCGAUGCUGCGCAUGCGCCGUGGCUUGGCAGCAAACAAUAGAGAGCCUCAUGUAGGUUCGGCUCCCACGAGCGGUUGGUCGUGAGAGAUAUACCAGCCCGC